AUGUAUUAUAAUGAAUUGGAUAGAUUUGGUAUAAUUGUUUUAAAAAAUUUUAUCAUUAUUUUCAUGUUUUUUUUUUCUUCAAAUAUGGAUAACGAAGAAUUAAAUUUAAAUCGAACGUAUGAAACAGAUAAUGGAAUAUCAUAUAAUUCAUCAAUUAAUCAAUUAUCAACGCAAAUAUUAAAUCCAAAUAUAAGACAUAUCUCAACAUCAAUGGAUAUUAUGAAUUUAUCACCACAUAUGAAAAUACAACUAUGUUUUUUUGUUUAUCCAUCAGAUUCAAUAAAUUCAAAUGGAAUGAUCAUUUCAAAAUCUGGUGGUCCAUCAUAUUCAUCAAAAUGUUUACUACCUUCACCACUAUCAUCCAAUACAAUACAACAGCAUCUUCAUCAUUUACCACCUCCACAUUAUAUUAAAAUGCAAUAUAUGGAUCCAUUAUUUUCUCCACCAUCUAAUCAUCAACAACAAUAUAUGGAUCUAUUACCUAUGAUGGACGAUAGUUUUGGCAUGGAACCACCGCCACAUCAUACUCUUAUGCAUUCUUCGAAUCGACAAUCUCGACUAAAUGACUCACUAUAUCUUUCAAUAUUGGAUGAUGUACGGAACUUUCCAUAA